UUUGUAGUUGAUUGAACUUUUUUCUUGUGUGAAAUAUGUUACUUUUUAUAGAAAAUACCGACACCUUGGCUCAAGAUAUUCUCCUCAAUUCCAUUUUGGGCCCUGUUGCUAUCGCAAUGUGGAUUCAUUUGGGGAUUUUGGACCCUUCUUACGGAGACCCCAAUAUACAUGAAUAAGGUGAUGAAGUUUGAUUUGAAAUCGAAUAGCAUUUUGUCAUCUCUGCCACAUGUAUCACAUUGGUUUUUUGGAUCAUUCUUUGGAUACAUCUCCGACGUACUCGUUACUAAAAAAAUUUUAUCGAUUCAAACGUCAAGGAAAACAAUGAAUUGCAUCGGAUACCUCAUACCAGCAAUAUCUCUGAUAUUCCUCGGGAACUGUGAUCAAGAUGAUUCCACAUAUGCUUUGGUUCUACUCGUCGUAAUAGUUGGCAUUAAUGCAGCGAGUCUCAGUGGAUUCUUCAUCAAUCAUGUAGAUUUAGCUCCGAAUCAUGCUGGUCUCCUGAUGGGAAUUUGUAAUGGAGUUGCAAAUAUUUUUGCUAUAUUAGCUCCACUGUUAGUCCAGGCCCUUGUCACAAAUGAGGAAGAUCCGAAGCAAUGGAAAAUAAUUUUUUAUAUUGCCGCUGGUAUGUAUUUUGUCACUAAUGCCAUAUUUCUUGCAUUUGGAACUACAAAUGUUCAACCUUGGAAUGAUGAUGACAACAAAAGAGAUACAAACCAUUCAUAGCAAAGUUACUGGCAUCUCAUCUGGAAAUGUAUGUUUUCGCAUUAUAUUUCAUGAAUUGUUAUAUUUUUAUUUUUCUGAGGAAAUGUUAUAACGUUACAUCAUCAUUGUGUCGUUCGUUUGUACAAAACGUUGAAACCACGAAACGUAAAUAAGUAUCGCCUUUAUUGAUGAGAAACAUUCUAUGUGACUUUUUUUGGUUUACAUUUAUCUGAACUUAAAAAAUGUUUUUGAAUUGAAAUAAUGAUGUAAACCAAGAUUAGAUAAUAUUUCUAAUAUAAUAACUUUGAAUGAAAUCUAGCUCGGAAAAUACAUACAUACACUUCUAAUAAUAAUUAUAAGUCUAUAUUGUGAAAAUGUGAUUAUUAUCACCAAGUAACUGGUCAGUGUAUAAAAUAUUUCAGAGUUAUUGAAUAUAGGUUUCUUUUUCUAUAUACAUAGAAUUCUUCAUAUGAAUUUGUAUGGCAUCUAUUGUCGUUUUUCAAAUAUUAUGUAACAAUUUUUUUUCUGAUUGAUUCGGACGUUACUUGAUGAAGAUCCAUAGUAAUUCCA